GCCCACACAUAUAGAUACAAUAAAAAAUCUAUCGGAAUAGCUUUCCUCGGAAAUUAUCAAACGGUCAAUGCAAGUGAUGCAAUGGUGAAUGUAGCGCAUAAGCUAAUUCUUUGUGGCAAGGCGCAAGGAAUACUUAAAGAAGAUGUUCGUGUACUUGGAGGUAGACAACUGAUUUCAAGUUUGAGCCCAGGAGCAAAACUUUACGAUCAAAUUCGAAAUUGGCAGGAAUGGUCUUCUUCGCCGUAGUUUUAUUAUAUAUAUGUGUUAUGUAUCCCUUUUAUUAUUAAUUAUUGAAUAUG